CUCCAAAAGAUACAUCAGUUCAAACAGACAGCUGCCUUCAGACCAGGAUUCAGCUCCAGGUUACAGACCUUCAGGUAAAAGUGUUUCCUGCCACAGAGGGACAGAAAGUAACUCUGAUGUGUUCAACCAGCUGUUAUGGGACUGAAAGCCCUGCAGCUAUCAUCUGGUACCAGAACAGCGAGUUCCUCUAUGAGGACUGGUCCCCCUGGUACCAAGAACUGGUCACCAGUGAUCCGGCAGUCAGAUACUCCUGUGCUAUCAAAGGCUACGAGGAUAUCAGAGCUCCUGAGGUCUCAGUGGAUUCUGUCACACGGAGCUGCUUCAGUGUGACCUACGCUGGAGGCACAAUGUGUUCCUACAGCCAGACGUCAGAGGAGCAGCCCUGCUCCAUCACAUUUCCUACAGAACUUUAUGUUGAAACAAAGGACUCAGCUCCUGACCAUUUCAAGAUGAUCUGUAACUCCAGCUGUUCUCAGACUGACUUUCAAGUCCUUCAGUUGUAUAGAAACACACAAGAUGGUCUACAGAAAGCUGAUCAAACCACUGUAUUUACCAGCUCAUCCAUAGAGAUUUUUUUCUGUUCUGUGAAGAAUCCUGAUUAUCUGCUUUCUGAUCAAGUUUGUCUUAAUGGUUCCAACUGCUGGACUGUGAACUAUGUGAGCAGGAGAAUCUGUGGCCUGAAAGGUUCAUCAGUGAACAUCUCCAGCAAAUACUCACUUCCUGAAAACAUGCAGGUACAGGCUAAACGCUGGUAUAAAAUGAAGAGAAAUGCAAAGCAGGAAGUCGAACAGCUGGUGGAGGAUAAAGGUGAUGUAAAGUAUCAGGAUAACAUGGGGAACAAACACAUCCUCAGAUUAAACAACCUGGAUCCGAAGGACUCAGGAGAAUACAAGUUCAGAGUGGAACUAAAGGAUUAUGACCUGGAAAAGUAUGUUUAUCCAGGAGUUACUCUGAUCGUAACAGAGCUGCGGGUGGAUCUGAGACCUGCUGCAGAGGUGACUGAGGGUCAGAGAGUCACAUUAACCUGCAGCACCAGCUGUCCUCUCAGUGAAAACACAAAGUACAUUUGGUACUUGAACAGCCAGCCUCUGCGUCUGACAAAAACACACAACAAACAGCUGACUAUAGAUGCAGUCAGCAGUCAGGAUGAAGGAAACUACUCCUGUGCUGUUGAAACGAUCAGCUCAGCUGCAAAGACUCUGACUGUCCAGAGAAGAACAGCAAACUGGGGAGCAGCAGCUGCAGGAGCUUCUGCUGCUCUCCUGGUUUUUAUUCCUCUCAUUGUUUUCAUGAUAUGGAAAUAUAAAACUUCUCAUCAGUCUUCUACAAAUGAAUCCGUCAACAAUACAGAUGAGAUAAACCUGGGACAUACGUAUGAAGAGAUUUCAACUCAUCCAGCAGAAAAGGAACUUCAUUACAGCCAAUUAGCAAUAGAAAAAUCAAAUCCUCUUUACUCCAGUAUUCAACAGCACCAGGAACAAGAGCAUACCCCCUAUGCUGAGGUCAAAAUAGGAACAAACUCAAAUUCAGAUUAAAUAAGACAUUGAUGACAAAACAACAAUUUUAGGUCUAACAAUGUUUUUUAAUGUGACAGAUAUUCAAAUUUUGUUCAUAUUGAAAGGACAGUUUUACGGAUAAACUACAAAAAAUAUUUUAGUGACUGCCACCGACUGUUCACUACCCCACGCUAAAGAUUUUGUUUUUCUGAGUUAGGCUCAAAAUGCCCCAGCUUUGGGAUUUAAAGCCUAUUAUGAAUCAGGAACACACUUUGAUAAUUAAAAUAUGAAAAUAUGGCAUGGUGUUGCCGUCAGGCAACAAACCACUAUUUUUGCCCUCACACUGCCCCUUUAAUUUUUUUUAAUAAAAUAUUACUUUAGAAGUCUGGUGAUAAGUCUGUGACCAAUGAAAUUUGAGGUGGGCGUGGCUUUGACCUUUCCUCUGGGGGUGAAACAGUCCUUUUUGGAACCAUAGCCGGCUUGGACAUACUGCUAGCAGAAGUUAAGAUAUAUUUCA